CUCCUCAGGAUUUGUUGGCCUUGGCGAAACAGUAAAAUUGUCCGCACUUUUGCCUGCCAUAUCAUCCAUCUCUGUAUGCUCGGGGUCUUCUUGGACCUCAGGAGCUGCUACCUUCCUUGGUCGACCUCUUUUCUUCGCAAUCUUCCCCGUGGUCUUCUCAGCCACUUUAGGUUUGCCCUUGCCUUUCUUCGUGACUUGAGGUUCUGGCUCAGGCACAUCUUCCAGAGCUGGGGCAUCUGGUAACUCUUCAUCAUCACUAUCUGGAAUUGAGCGUACUUCUCCUGAAGUGUUCGCAUACAAUUCUGAUACUUCGUCCCCCUUGGAAUUCAUGUCGGUGGAGAUUACAGCGGCUGGAGCAUCUGGCAACUCCUCAUCACUGU